CUCUGAAAACAUUUACACUUCAAAAAUUAGAAAGUAUGCAGAAGGAAGCAAGAGAAAUUCAGAAUAGCAAUAAAAACCAGAGUUAAAUGACUUACCAAAAAUGAGUUAUACACCUAUUAUUUUUAAUAUUGUUUUGUCAUUUGUAUUGUCUUCAACAACUUUGUAUCGGUAUGGAAAUUGGUUUAGGCAUCAUGUAAUUGUUACACUUGCUGUGUUGUUAGCUUGGUACUUCAGUUUCUUAAUUAUUUUUAUAUUGCCUCUUGAUGUUAUAUCGACUGUAUUUAGGCAAUGUUUAGAAGAAAAUGUAAGUUUUGAAUUGAAUUCAAGUGUGAAUGCAUCUACAAUAUGUGAAGAACCUUGGAGUCAUGUUCCAGAGAAAGUAUUUCCUAAUUUAUGGCGAACUGUCUAUUGGUCCUCUCAGUUUUUAACUUGGCUUAUUAUGCCCAUGAUGCAGUCAUACAGUAAAGCUGGUGAUUUUACUAUCAAAGGAAAAUUAAAAUCUGCUUUGAUUGACAAUGCUAUUUAUUAUGGAUCUUAUUUAUUUAUUUGUGGUAUACUUUUGAUUUAUUUGGCUCUUAAACCAGGUAUCAACCUUGAUUGGCAAAAAUUAAAAGCAAUUGCUUCUUCAGCAAGUAACACUUGGGGUCUAUUUUUGUUAGUACUAUUACUGGGUUAUGCCUUUGUUGAGGUACCCAGAAGCUUGUGGAAUAAUGGUAAUCUUAUUUAUGUUUUAAAUCACUCCUAUUUUAAAGUUGCAAAACUGUCUUCUGAUAAAUGUGAAGCUGAGGAAACUGUAGAUGACGUUUUAGAGUCUUUACAAGCCAUAACUAUAGCAGUGAAACCUGGCCAUACAUUAUAUCAACAUGUUGAAACAAUAAUGCAGAAAGUACCUGUUGAGUUGAAAGAAAAAAUGAAUCGCAGAGAAUUACCUGAUGAUACACCUGUAGAUGCACCUUCAGAAAAGUCUCUUAUAAGGUUACACAAACAAGUAAUUAAAUCUCUCCAGAUAUUGCAGAGGACGGAAACACGUUGGAGUAUCUUAGUGGAAAAAGUUUUUGAACUUGAAGAUAUUGCAAAGAACCUUACAUCUAGAGAAAGACGAUUUAAGCGCAUGUUUCCAAAAAAGAAAAAUCCUAUGACCAGGUUUUUUUAUGGAUCUAAAUUAGAAUGGUAUUGGAAAUGUAUUUUGCAAAAUUACACCACAAGAGUUUUAGCCUUGUUAGCAGCGACUUUAUCUGUGGCUAUUGUUUGGUCUGAAGUUACAUUUUUUAAUAAGCAACCAGUUCUGUCUAUUUUUGCUGUAAUUGUAAAUGUGGCCAAAAAAAAUUAUGAUUAUUUUACCAUCGAGGUACUUUCAAGAGUAGUUAUUCUGUAUUUUUGUUAUUGUGCCUAUUCCACAGUUUUAAAGAUAAGAUUGUUAAAUUUAUAUUACUUGGCUCCUUAUCAUCAAACAAACGAAUACAGUUUAAUAUUUUCUGGUAUGAUGUUAUGUCGUUUGACUCCGCCCUUAUGUUUGAAUUUUCUCGGUUUAAUUCAUAUGGAUAGUCACAUUAUUAAAAAACAAGUAUUAGAAACACACUACACUCAGGUCAUGGGUCAUAUGGACGUAAUAGGUAUAAUAUCGGAUGGGUUCAACGUUUAUUUUCCCAUGGCUAUAUUGGCUUUUUGUUUAUCCACUUAUAUUAGUAUAGGAUCAAGAGUCCUAUCUUUGUGUGGUUUCCAUCAGUUUGUUGGUGACGACGAAAUAACUUCCGAUUUAGUAGACGAGGGGCGAGAAAUUAUGAAAAGAGAGAAACGUAAACGCCAAAGGGCACAAGAAUCUUUUGUACGUAGAAGAGAAAUGCAAGAUAGAUUUCAUAAUCUGAGUCGAUACAGGGGUCAAAAUGCAAAUGAAAUGGAGAGGGAAAUGCAAGAAACAAGAUCAUCCACUUCUAAUCUGAUGCGAGACGCUGUUGCCUUGGAGUCUUAUGAUGGAACGAAAUUCAACACGGAUGAAAUAGACACGAGUUUUCUACCAGAAAAUGACAUAGACUCAAGAUUUGGUAUAAGUACCCACAGGAAUUUGGCAGAUGCAGGUAAUAGAAGGGUAGGACCACCACCUAGAGGUAUUUUUGAUGAUGUUUAAUUCAUCCAAACAGAGAAGUAUACAAUGUCUGCCAUUUUUUAUUUUUAUUUUUUAACUGGUUGUGACUUAUUUUUAAAUUUUUAUUGCCAUCAUGCGAUUUAUUUAAAUAAUUAAAACGUAAGUUCAUUUGGAGAUUAAGUUCAUUAUUUCGAGAUUAUUUCAUCAUUAUUUUAAGGUCAAGAGGGUUGGUUUAGUAAGCUUUUAUUUACCAAUAACUAGUUAACUGGAGGUGCAAUUUAAAUUUAUUUUAUUUUUUAAUAGUAAUAAGCUUGGUAUUGUAGAGAAAUUACUGUUAUAUAUGAAUACCGAAAAAUUACUAAUAUGUUUUUUCAGUUGCAGUGUUCUUUUUAUUUAAAAAAUAAUUAUUUCUUAUACAACUUUUAACAUAAAAAAUAUGUUUUAAAAGAAUUGAAUUUGUGACGUAAACUGAAGAGGUGAUUUGAUAUUUUUAUUGCACAUAUAUACUUUUAAAAGUACGUAACAUGGAAACUAUAUUAAUCAAUAAGAAAUAACAUUAAGAUAAUGUAUCCAUAACAAUGUAAGUGUGUGUUAUCAAAAUUUUGUACUCAUUUUUUUAAAGACCACAAAUACUACAUUGAAGCACUUUUAUGUUAAUAUUCGUUUCCCUUAUCGUAAGUUUUAGUUGUAAUACAAUUGUCAUUAUUGUUACUAGUCAUCAUUUUGCGUUAACUUUUAUUCUUGUAUGUUCUCAAAAUAUAGUAAACAUUGCCUUUUAUAGUUUAUAUGUUACAAUGCAAUUCGAUUUAUGAUUAGCAAACGAAAAUUGACUUAUCUAAAAUCAAUAACUGCGUUAAAUAUGUAGUUUCGUGAUUAAACUGCUUUUAUUUCCUUGGUAAUUAAUUAGAAACGUUUGUAAAAUGUUCUGCUACAAGAAGUCUAGUCUUAAUCUGAUAACAUUCCACAAUUAGUAUUUAAUACACCGCUAUUAAUUGUUAUCUUAAUUGCGAUAAAAUAAAUUAUUUUGCCGUUUAUCGAAAGUUUCUCUUUAAGGUAAAUUAAAAUGCUCAAAGAAAAGCUUCAAAGUAACAAAUGAAUUUUAAUAAUAAAUUAACGAUGACAUGUAUGUACACAGAAAUAUUACACUAUUUACAAAAAAGUGAAAGCUCGA